CCGCCCAUCAAACCCCGCCCACCCCCUCAAGCCCCGCCCAUCCCGCCGCGCGCGUUGUGUAACGGCUCCGGGAGCGCCGCGCGCAGCCAGGGAUUGUCUGCCACCACGCUACUCUGGCACGGUUGGUGAUCCCAUCUGCAACUGCCUGGUCCAGGCCCUGGAGGCUGCAGUAUCUGUCCCAGCAUUGCCCGCCCACCAGGACGGUCUUGAGGAUGCCCAAGAAGAAAGGGAAGCGAAAAGCAGGCCAAGGGAGCGAGCCUGAGGCUGAGCCAGAUGCCACAGAGUUGCCACGUUUGUCUCCGAAGAGGAAUAAGGAGGAGGCAGCCAUGGGGAAGCUGCAGGAGGCAGUGCGGGAGGCCCGACGGAAGGCAGCCCCAUCCGUGCAGGAGUUCAAGUACAAUAAAAAGCGGGUUCGUCUUAUCUCACAGCGCUCUGACCUCAAAGACAACGCUGAGUGCAUCCUCUACUGGAUGUCCCGAGACCAGCGUGUGCAAGAUAACUGGGCUUUCCUCUAUGCCCAGCGGCUGGCCCUCAAACAAGAGCUCCCUCUGCAUGUCUGCUUCUGCCUGGUGCCCAAAUUCCUGGAUGCCACCAUCCGACAUUAUGGCUUCAUGCUGAGGGGCCUACAGGAGGUGGCCAAGGAGUGCACAGAGCUGAACAUCCCCUUCCACUUGCUGAUGGGCUAUGCUAAGGAUGUGCUGCCCACGUUCGUGGUGAGGCUUGGUGUGGGUGGGUUGGUUACAGAUUUCUGUCCCCUCCGUGUCCCCCAGCAGUGGGUGGAAGACGUCAGAGAGCGGUUGCCUGAGGAUGUGCCGUUUGUACAGGUUGAUGCCCACAACAUCGUGCCCUGCUGGGUCACCUCCCCCAAGCAGGAGUACAAUGCCAGGACCAUUCGGAGCAAGAUUCACAGUCAGCUCCCAGAGUUCCUCACCGAGUUUCCUCCAGUCAUUCAACACCCGUAUUCCCCCUCCACCCCAGCAGAGCCCAUUGCUUGGGAGGCCUGCUAUUCCAGCUUGCAGGUGGACUGCACCGUGAAGGAGGUGGAGUGGGCGACCCCCGGCACUGCUUCAGGGCUGACUGUGCUGCAGUCCUUCAUUGCCAAGCGGCUGAAAUCCUUCGGCUCCCACCGGAAUAACCCCAACAAGGCAGCUCUCAGCAACCUGUCGCCAUGGUUCCACUUUGGCCAGGUUUCCACCCAGCGAGCCAUCCUGGAGGUGCAGAAACACCACAAGAAGUACAAGGAGUCUGUGGACAUCUUUGUGGAGGAGGCUGUGGUGCGGCGGGAGCUGGCUGACAACUUCUGCUACUACAACAAGAACUACGACAGUGUUCAAGGUGCCUAUGACUGGGCACAAACCACGCUGAAGCUCCAUGCUAAAGACAAGAGGCCUUUUCUCUACGAGCUUCAGGAAUUGGAGAAGGGGAACACGCAUGACCCACUCUGGAACGCUGCCCAGCUCCAAAUGGUCCGGGAGGGCAAGAUGCAUGGCUUCCUACGAAUGUACUGGGCCAAGAAGAUCCUGGAGUGGACCCGCUCCCCUGAGGAGGCCCUGCAGUUUGCUGUCUACCUCAACGAUCGCUACGAGCUGGACGGGAGGGACCCCAACGGAUAUGUAGGCUGCCUCUGGUCCAUCUGCGGCAUACACGACCACGGCUGGCCAGAGCGGGCCGUGUUCGGGAAGAUCCGCUACAUGAACUACGCCGGCUGCAAGAGGAAGUUUGACGUGGUCCAGUUUGAGCGUCGCUACGCCCCCUGCAAGCUCGACAAGUGAAUGGUACUGCAGUGCCCAGAAUGCAAACAGGCUCACGGACCAAGCGUGCCUCGCGAUUGCUUGUGCUUCUCCAUGCUUGGGGCAGAUAGUGCUUUUGCCAAGAUGCUGGCUUGUACCCUGCCCUCUGACCAGGGAUUGCUUUGGGUGCUGGUGGAGGAGACACUGCAGAAAGCAGCAAGUGCCAGGGUGUUGCAGGUUUCUUUUCUCUGGCAUCAUUCCCCUGCUCUAGCUACUGUGCUGGGGCAGCUAUACUAGAGCCUUUCUGCAGGCUGUGCAGGGCAGUUUAGCUGUCACAGCUCUACUCAUGUCUGCGAGAGUCCAUCCUCAGCCUGCCAGGACCUGUCGGAAAACUUCUUCAGCAAUUGUGCUUGGGAAUAAGCCAAAGUCUCCUUUGCUGCUGCUUACCACAGCUUAGUUUUUGCCUGCGCUAGGCCUUUCUGGGAAAAAGCUCAAGAAACCGAGCUCCCCACGCCAAGCUUCCCAGCAGCUUCCCUGCCUGCCGGUCCCAGAGAAGCCCCGCUUCACCCCAUGCAGAGCGAGCGCUGUGCAAGGCUUGCACGCACAUCCUUACACAGUGAGUCACUGGCCUUUUGUUUUAAAGUUUACAGUCCCCA